AUGAGCUCCUUCGCAUUCGGGAGUCUGCCCAAAAUCAAGACCCGCAAGGCACUUCUACUGCUUGACUUUCAGAACGACUUUGUCCGUUCGUCCGGCGCACUCCAUGUCCCUAAUACAGCCGACAUCCUAGAGAUUCUACCACCACUGGCCGCUGCCUUUCGUCGUGCCGGGGAUGUAGUGUGGGUGCGCUCGCAGUAUGAAUCCCCACAGUUGCUUGCCGACUGGAACUCUGGGGAUCGGGUUGUUUUGGACAGAGAGCCACCUAAGCAGAGGAGUGCCCCCGCCUCCGACGUGAUUGAGGCGUCAUCCGAUCGCGAUCCGCCCGAGCCUGUCGAUGCAGAGGCAUUUCUUUCGACGAGAUUGGUGAAAUGUUGUGAGGCACGGACGCCCGGAUUCCAGUUCCCAGCACCCGUUCUCGCCGCCAUCGAUGCCGAGCGAGACACCGUACUGGACAAGACGAGUUACUCGGCUUUGGAAUCCGAGGGGUUGGUGCUAUCAUUUCGCCAGCGCUUUGUGACCGACCUUUAUCUCUGCGGCUCUCUGUCCAACAUUUCCGUGUAUGCCACUGCCUUGGAUGCGGUGCGCAAUGGCUUCUCGGUAACUCUGAUCGAAGACUGUCUGGGCUACCGUGACUUCCAGCGCCAUCAAGAGGCAAUGCGUCGCAUGGCAGAUGUCCUGGGCGCAACCGGUAGCACUGCCCAGGAACUUGCUCAAGAGCUCGAUUGGGACGAGAACGACGCCAUCGCCCGGGGCACCACCCCUGCGCCCCAACACUCGGCUGUCUCGGCGGGUAUCGAAAGCAUCAUCGAUAGUUUAGGCGUCAGGGCCGAUGACUCGAUCCUCGAAGAGACCUCCGAUCAGGGCGAUGGCAGCCUUGCGAAUUUCGUAUCGCAGACCCAGGCCCAGCGGGCUGCGGCAGAUGGAAAGAAGCAUGUCCGGACUCGAGUGCGCCGCCCUAAACGUCGUGAACGAACUCCCGACCCGGAAUUCAAUAACAACGCCAUUGGAGAAGGUGAUUCCCGCCUCAUUCCGGAUGUUGAACUGCCUACUGACGCAUUUCAGCGCAUCCGGGCCGAGGUCUCUUGGCAGAAGAUGUAUCAUCUUUCAGGACAGGUGCCUCGCCUGGUGGCGGUGCAGGGACAUAUUCAGCCUAACGGCGCGGUUCCGAUUUACCGACAUCCCGCAGAUGAAGCCCCUCCACUCGAUUCAUUCACCCCGACUGUUAACGAAGUACGCCUGGCAGUAGAGGCGAUUCUGGGUCAUUCAUUAAAUCACGCACUUAUUCAACUCUACCGUGAUGGACAGGACAACAUCUCCGAACAUUCCGACAAAACCCUCGACAUCGUUCGAGGCUCUUUCAUUUGCAACGUUAGCCUUGGCGCUCAGCGUGUCAUGGUUCUCCGGACCAAAUCUUCUGCACGUGAACCCAAGGGAGAGGCCGACUCUGGGCGCACUAUCCAACGUGUUGUACUUCCUCAUCGAUCGCUCUUCGUCCUAGGUGAGAAAACCAACAUGCGAUGGCUACAUGGCAUUCGGCCGGACAAGCGUUCCAAUUCUAUCAAAUCACCGGAUGAGUUAGCCUUUGGUGGUGAACGCAUCUCACUGACUUUUCGCAAUAUUGGAACCUUCCUCGACCCGGCUUCCAACACUAUCUGGGGGCAAGGGGCCGUGGGAAAAACCUUGGACCGAGCUCAACCUGUAGUCUACGGUGAUUCCACCGAGACUGAACGACUGAUCCGCUCAUUUGGGCAGGAAAAUCGUGCAAGCGAAUUUGACUGGGAGGCAGUCUACGGCGGUGGGUUCGACGUCGUAAAUUUCGUCACCGCAUCUCCAUCAAGGCUGGUCCUUAGUGGAGAUCAAGUGGCCGACUUACGGGUUCUUUCGGCUCUCGGAGAGAGUGGGAUUCGAUACGAGGUUGUCGAAAGCCAUCAACUGGACUUCUCCAAUAAGAAAUUCACCAGUCGUCCGCUCUACAUUGAUCCCCAUGGGGCGGCUGUUGCCGGCUCCUUGACCAUUUUGACAUAUUUGGUGGAACACCCCGCUGAAACGACCCGUCCCGGCGUUGAUCCUUUACGAGGCGGGGAACACGUAUCAUGGAUUGAAGACUUGCUUGCCUGUUGGCGCGAACGUCGUUCUGAGAACAGAGCCCUUGAACAUGGACUGGAAUAUUGUGAGCGGACCCUGGAAGGACAACAUUAUCUCGGAGGCGCGACUUUCAGCCUCGACGAUUGCUUGCUGUGGCCUGUUCUGCGUGAAAUGGUGCAAAUCCAAGGAGCAUUUGAUGCUCGAUAUGUCAAUUUGAAUCAGUACUACCAGCGAGUCGAGAAACGAAGCAUCACGAGGAACAUUCUGCAGACCCGCUGA